AGGGCAUUAUUUUAAGAAAAAACAUGUAGCAUCAAGUAUUCCCUGAAAUAUGGAUCCACUGGAAUAAGGAAAUAUGUGCGUGGUCUUGGAAGCACAGCAGAAUGUAUAGAGUGGGGGAGCCAGGGCGGCGGCCGCUUCAUGGGCCAGCACCCCCUCGCCUGCGGAGCGUGGAGGUGGCCCGCGGGCGAGCCGGCUAUGGAUUCACUUUGACCGGACAGGCGCCAUGUGUGCUGAGCUGCGUCAUGCGAGGGAGCCCUGCAGAUUUUGUUGGCCUCCGUGCUGGAGACCAGAUAUUUGCUGUCAAUGAAAUCAACGUGAAGAAAGCUUCCCAUGAAGACGUAGUGAAAUUAAUCGGGAAAUGCUCUGGUGUCCUGCACAUGGUGAUCGGGGAAGGCAUCGGCCACUUAGAGUCCUGCUCCAGUGACGAAGAAGGUGGAUUGUAUGAAGGAAAAGGCUGGCUGAAGCCCAAACUUGAUUCCAAAGCUUUAGGUAUAAAUAGAGCAGAGAGAGUUGUGGAGGAAAUGCAGUCUGGCGGAAUUUUUAAUAUGAUUUUUGAAAAUCCUAGCCUUUGCACAAGCAGUUCAGAGCCCUUGAAAUUGAAACAGAGAUCCCUUUCAGAGUCAGCUGCUGCUCAAUUUGAGGUUGGACAUGAAAGUAUAAAUGAUCCAAAUCCCAAUGUGGUUUCUAAGAAGGAAAUAUCAAAAGUUAUUCAUGAUGAUUCGGUUUUCAGUAUUGGGCUAGAAAAUCAUGAGGAUUUUGGGUUGGAUGCAAGUAUUUUAAACGUUGCCAUGGUUGUGGGCUAUUUGGGCUCUAUUGAGCUUCCUUCCACAAGCUGCAGCCUGGAGUGUGACAGUUUGCAAGCGAUCCGCGGCUGCAUGCGGCGCCUGCGGGCGGAACAGAAGAUCCAUUCGCUGGUGACGAUGAAGAUCGCGCAUGAUCGGGUGCAGCUGUGUGCUGACAAAGCUGGCGUUGUGGCCGAGUACCCCGCCGAGAAGCUGGCCUUCAGUGCUAUGUGCCCAGAUGACAGGCGCUUUUUUGGGCUGGUGACCAUGCAGACAAAUGACGACGGGAGCGUAGUGCAGGAGGAGGAAGGUGCCUUGCGGACUUCCUGCCACGUGUUUAUGGUGGAUCCAGACUUAUUUAGCCACAAGAUCCACCAGGGCAUCGCUCGGCGAUUUGGGUUUGAGUGCACGGCCGAUCCUGACACCAAUGGCUGUUUAGAAUUCCCUGCAUCCUCUCUCCCUGUCCUUCAGUUCAUCUCGGUCCUGUACCGAGACAUGGGCGAGCUGAUUGAGGGGGUGCGGGCCCGUGCCUUUCUGGAUGGGGAUGCUGAUGUCCACCAGAACAACAGCACCAGCAGCAACAGUGAUAGUGGCAUUGGAAAUUUCAACCAGGAGGAGAAGAGCAACCGGGUCCUCGUGGUCGACCUGGGUGGGAGCUCAAGCAGGCACUGCCCCAGCAGCAGCACUGGGUGGGAGGGUGCAGGCGGGAGGGGCCAACAGCCCUGGGGCGCCCCCUGGAACGGGGCCUUCUGCUCUGACCCUGAGGGGAGCUCCCCAUUGGAGGCCACUCCCCAGACUGACAGGUUCCGUGACAUAAACAAGCACUUAGGACCAGCCUCUCAGGUGGAGGUUGCUCCGGCUGCCUUGCGGAGUUCAGUCCCUCCUUCAAAGAGGGGCACUGCGGGCUGUGGUUUCAACCAGCGAUGGCUCCCAGUUCACGUGCUCCAGGAGUGGCAGUGCGGACACGCCAGCGACCAGGAGUCAUACACAGAUUCCACCGAUGGGUGGUCCAGCGUCAACUGUGGCACGCUGCCCCCUCCCAUGAGCAAGAUUCCUGCCGACCGCUACAGGGUCGAGGGCAGCUUCGCGCAGCCCCCACUGAGCACCCAGAAAAGGGACUGGUCCAGGAAGGCUUUUGGAAUGCAAAAUGUUUUUGGUCCCCAUCGAAAUGUUAGAAAGACUAAAGAAGACAAAAAGGGCUCAAAAUUUGGGCGGGGAAUUGGACUUGUGCACACUUCUCAACGCACCUCUGCCCGGAGAUCGUUUGGAAGAUCCAAGAGAUUCAGUAUCACCCGCUCCCUUGAUGAUCUGGAGUCUGCAACUGUGUCUGAUGGUGAGUUGACCGGCGCUGACCUGAAGGACUGCGUGAGCAACAACAGCCUGAGCAGCAAUGCCAGCCUCCCCAGUGUGCAGAGCUGCCGGCGCCUGCGUGAGCGGAGGGUCGCCAGCUGGGCCGUGUCCUUCGAGCGCCUGCUGCAGGACCCCCUCGGAGUCCGCUACUUCUCUGAUUUUCUAAGGAAGGAAUUCAGUGAAGAAAACAUUUUAUUCUGGCAGGCCUGUGAAUAUUUUAAUCAUGUUCCUGCACAUGACAAAAAAGAGCUUUCCUACAGGGCCCGGGAGAUUUUCAGUAAAUUUCUGUGCAGCAAAGCCACCACCCCAGUCAACAUCGACAGCCAGGCUCAGCUGGCCGAUGACAUUCUCAACGCCCCUCACCCUGACAUGUUCAAGGAACAGCAGCUCCAGAUUUUCAAUCUGAUGAAGUUUGAUAGCUACACUCGCUUCCUGAAAUCCCAGCUGUACCAAGAGUGCAUCCUGGCGGAAGUGGAGGGCCGGGCUCUCCCCGACCCGCAGCAGGUCCCCAGCAGCCCGGCCUCCAAGCACAGCAUCAGCUCAGACCACUCCAACGUGUCCACGCCAAAAAAGUUAAGUGGAAAAUCGAAAUCAGGAAGGUCCCUGAACGAAGAACUGGGGGAUGAGGACAGCGAGAAGAAACGAAAAGGAGCAUUUUUCUCUUGGUCAAGGAAUAGGAGCACGGGGAGGUCCCAGAAGAAGAAGGAACACGGCGACCAUCCAAACGACUCCCUUCACGCCAACGGAGGCCUGUGCCGCCGGGAGUCCCAGGGCUCCGUGUCCUCUGCAGGGAGCCUAGACCUGCCGGAGGCCUGCAGAACCUUGGUGCCUGACAGGGACAAGACUGCAAAGCACUGCUGCAUCCAUCUCCCGGAUGGGACGUCCUGUGUGGUGGCCGUCAAGCCGGGCUUCUCCAUCAAGGAGAUCCUGUCGGGACUCUGCGAGCGACACGGCAUCAAUGGGGCUGCUGUGGACCUCUUCCUGGUGGGCGGGGACAAGCCUCUCGUGCUGCAUCAGGACAGCAGCAUCUUGGAGUCAAGGGAUCUGCGCCUAGAAAAGCGUGCUUUGUUUCGGCUGGACCUCGUUCCUAUUAACCGGUCAGUGGGACUCAAGGCCAAGCCCACCAAGCCUGUGACGGAGGUGCUGCGGCCUGUGGUGGCCAAGUAUGGCCUGGACCUGAGCAGCCUGCUGGUGCGGCUGAGUGGAGAGAAGGAGCCCCUGGACCUUGGUGCCCCUAUAUCCAGUCUGGAUGGACAGCGGGUCAUCUUGGAGGAGAAGGACCCUUCCAGAGGAAAAGAUAAACAGAAAGGGGCACCGGUGAGGCAGAGCACAGCUGUAAGCUCUAGCUCCAGAAGUCACUCGGCCACGGGAGAGGAAAGAACACUAGGCAAGUCUAAUUCUAUUAAAAUAAGAGGAGAAAAUGGAAAAAAUGCUAGGGAUCCCCGGCUUUCAAAGAGAGAAGAAUCUAUUGCAAAGAUUGGGAAAAAAAAAUAUCAGAGAAUUAAUUUGGACGAAGCAGAGGAGUUUUUUGAGCUCAUUUCCAAAGCUCAGAGCAACAGAGCAGACGACCAGCGUGGGCUGCUGAGGAAGGAAGACCUGGUGCUGCCGGAGUUUCUUCGCUUGCCUCCUGGUCCCACAGAACACGCCCUCGCCACCCCGGCUGCAGCCGUGGGAGGUAGGGGGAGAAUCGCCACGAGUGAGAUGUGGGAGCCAGCCCAGGACUGCAGUGACAGCUCGGCCACCAGCCCUGGCUCGGCCACCAGCCCUGGCUCAGCCCACAGCCCUCCCGGGAUGGCCCCGCCCGGGCAGGAACCUCCCAGUGGGCCCUUCCACGCCCCCUCGCCCCCUGCCCCCUCCACGCAGGAGGGUGCCGCGCAGGUCUGGAGGAGGCAGCCGUGGGCAGCAGAGGCUGAGGGCGUCCAGACUGUGGAGGAGGAGCAUGUGGCCGACCUGACCCUGGUGGGGGAGGGGGACAUCAGCAGCCCCAACAGCACACUGCUGCCGCCACACUCCAGCCCCCAGGACACACCAGGACCUCUGAGACCAGGAGGUGGGGCCCGCGGCAGCCGAGGCCUCCUGGCCAGCAGCAUCAUCGACGUGGAUCUCGUCGCUGGCUUGGAGCUGGGGCCUCGUGGCAGCGUCCUGGGGGCACGGUUGGGCCCCAGCAGGUUGAGGGCUGGUGGGCCCCCCCUGUCAGGCCUCCCCAGCCUGAGCCCUGUUCCAGGCAAGCCUGCCAAGCCCAAGGCCAGCACACACCAUGCCACCUUCGUCUGAAGCCACCCUCCUGACCCCGUGUCCAAGCUGCUAUCUCUUGCAGACACGUGUCAAGGCCCGUGAUCUCCUGGGGCAGCCCACGUUGCUCUCAAGGGAAGUGUCCUUCAGGGCCCUGGAGGGCCCACCUCAGCUGCCACACCCCCAGGAGAGGGUGGGGGGACAGACAAAUUGGAGGGACUGGCCUGAGGCCCUGCGGUUGGCCCCGGGCUCCCGGCCCAGCCCUGGGCUGCCACUCGGCACUCGGCCUUUGCUCAAUAAAGUGUUUUUUUUUUUUUUUU